AUGUUGGUACAUAAAGGCAUAGUUAGUGUAAAUAAACCUUGGGAGUCUGAUAUUCAAUGCCCUGAUGACCAAGAAGGUUCAGCACCGACACAUGCAUCACUGUUGCCCACUGCCACACUGUCACAUGCGCAAACCAAUGAGCAAGACUGCGUCCGUGAGGAGGAAGAAGGGCAGAAAGAUACAGUGACACCUACACUGGCGGCUGAUUCUUCUGCGGAGAACGUGACACCCCUUGGCGAUAACUCCCAACAAUUACUUUCACCAGAGCAUGUCACAAUAACGAGGGGAGUUCGGCGACCACAGUAUUCGGAUGAUGAAGAAGACAUGGCAGAGGCUGACAGGAUAUCACGGGCACAGGAACAACGAAAGUUUCCGAAACGAAAUCGUCCUAAGGUUGAUUACAAAAAGAUCUUU